CUUCCCUCGUUCAGAUUGGAAGGCCAGCAUGCUCUCAUCCAAAUCCUGUCCUAUCCUCUCAUGCCAUUAUCCUCUUCCCUCCCUCCACCACCCCCAGAAGCUAUUCCACAGAACCCACUCCAUCCUCAAGCCUAAAACCCUCAACCCUGGAACCGGUCUCAGACUAAGCCAUCCGUUCUCCUCCGUUGGGAGCAGGGGUCUACUCCAAGUCUGUCGAGAUUCCACCGAAAGGAAGAAUUUUGGAGGCUCAUUUCUGGACGAGAAAGGACCCACCGUCGAAAGGAGUGGAGAUGGUGGUGGGAGUGGGAACGAUUGGACUACUUCGGUCCUGCUCUUUGGUUUGUGGGCCGGGCUCAUGUAUUACGUUUUCCAGCUCGCGCCGAACCAGACUCCGGCUAGCGAUGUGUAUUAUCUGCAAAAACUGCUGAAUCUUAAAGGCGAUGAUGGCUUCCAAAUGAACGAAGUACUUGUGGCUCUAUGGUACUUCAUGGGACUGUGGCCUUUCAUUUAUAGUAUGCUGUUAGUUCCUACUGGUAGAAGUUCAAGAAGCAAGAUACCUGUCUGGCCAUUCCUAGUGCUUUCAUUCUUUGGCGGUGCAUAUGCCCUUAUUCCAUACUUCGUUUUCUGGAAGCCACCUCCACCAGCCCUUGGAGAAGAUGAAAUCAGGAGAUGGCCUUUAAAUUUUCUUGAUUCAAAGAUAGCUGCUGGGAUUUUACUUGUUGCAGGUUUGGGCCUAACAAUGUAUGCUGGUUUAGCUAAUGGUGAUGUGUGGAAGGAAUUCUUCCGAUACUUCAGAGAAAGCAAGUUUAUCCAUAUUACAUGCAUUGAUUUUACACUACUCUCAGCUUUCGCACCUUUUUGGGUCUACAAUGAUAUGACUGCAAGGAGAUGGAUCAAUCAAGGCUCUUGGCUUUUGCCGGUGGCAUGUAUUCCAAUUUUGGGGCCAUCCUUGUAUCUUCUCCUGCGGCCACCUCUUUCAGCACUCCCUAUGAGCACCCCCUCAGUCAUAAGUGAGAAAGAGUGAUUUGGAUCCAAUUUCCAGCAUUCGUUUUCUGCAUAGGAAAAAACGUGCUGCCCGUAGAGCAACAGAGUGCACCAGGUAUGCCUAUAAUUGAAGGCUAACAAACUUGUCAUCGUACCAUCUCAUCUCAACUUUUUCUGCUUCAAAAGCUGAUUUGAAGCAAGCCCAACAAAAAUAAGUAUUAUUGAUGUAAAUAUAUUGACGAAACCAGAACAUUUUUCAUCAGUUGUUUUAUGCACAAACAAAGAUCAAGUAAUGGCUUCUUGCGACAUUACUUUUGAACCAUUUUUCUGUUUAUUAAGCACAAUAUAAAAUAUAUCUUACAGCUGCA